UCAGUCCUUCAAGGCCUACUCUAUCUUUCUCUGUCCAUAAAAAGCUGCUGUAAGCACCAAUACUCUCCUCACAAACCUAUCUUUCAUACACACACAUUCGUACGGUACCUCUUCAUUCAAAAGCUCUCAUUUUGGGCACUGUUUUCCUCUUCAAAUGUGGAAAGGUUUCCAAUAGAAAAUUAAUUGAUGAAUAUGUUAUUCCCUCGACUUUUUCUUCAUCCUCUCUUGGUGGUUUGCUUUGCAAAUUUUGCUUUUGGAGCUACUCGAUUGCCACCAGAUGAAGUACAAACUUUAGCUGACAUAGCAAAGACAUUGGGGAAGCCGAGUUGGAAUUUCGGUGAUGCAGAUCCAUGCAACAAUAAUACAAAACCAUGGAGUACUGAUACAACUCCAGCCGAAGGAUUUGAGUAUGGCGUCACCUGUGAUUGUUCCUUUGCCAAUUCCACUGUCUGCCAUAUUACCAGCAUAGUUAUGAAAACUCUGGAUUUGCCAGGAACACUCCCAGUAGAGAUGGCCAGGCUCACCUAUCUCGAAGAAAUCGACCUCACCCUCAACUACCUGAGUGGUACCAUCCCUCUAGAAUGGGGCUCCCUUCCACUUGUCAACAUUUCCCUUACUGCAAACCGUUUGACCGGUUCUAUUCCCAAAGAGCUUGGAAACAUCACCACCCUGAAGAGUUUGGACAUCAGUAUGAAUAAUUUCUAUGGAGUGCUCCCUUGGCAGCUUGGGAAUUUUCCCCUCAUAGAAAGAAUGCUUCUUACCUCAAAUAAUUUUACUGGGGAGUUGCCAGAUACAUUUGGAAAUCUUACCACACUAAAAGACUUCCGGGUGGGUGACAGUCACUUUUCUGGGCAGAUACCUGAUUUUAUAAAGAACUGGACAAAUCUUGAGAAACUACUGAUUCAGGCUAGUGGUUUGACGGGGCCAAUUCCUUCCGGCAUUUCUCAUUUGACAAAUUUAACUGACUUGAGAAUUACUGACUUGAGUGGGCCUGAAGCACCCUUUCCUCCACUUGAGAAUAUGAAAAGCAUGAAGACACUGAUGUUGAGGAGUUGCAAUAUUGUUGGACCGCUACCUACAUAUCUCGGGGACCUGACGAAGUUGAAAACUUUAGACCUCAGCUUUAACAAGCUAAACGGGACAAUUCCAAGCAACUUUGAUGCUCUAGCCUACGUGGAUAAUAUAUUCUUAACUGGAAACUUGCUGACUGGACCCGUGCCUACUUGGACGAAAGAAAACUUUGAUCUUUCAUAUAAUAACUUCACCAUAGGGGACAAAGGUUGUCAAUCACAAGGCGGCUUGAACUUGUUUGCAAGCUCUUCAAAGGGCAAUAGUUCAAAAACUGUUUCAUGUUUGGGAAUUCAAUGUCCAAAAACUUGGUACUCUCUCGGUAUAAAUUGUGGUGGAGAACCAGUAACUGUUUAUGGGGAAAAAGAUAAAACAUUUGAUGGUGACACAGAUGAAGUUGGACCUUCAUCAUUCCGCCAGAGCUCAACAAAUUGGGCUUUAAGCAGCACUGGUUUCUUUCCUGAUAAUGCCCGUUCUCAAGACAACUUUACUAAUGUUGGGGACACCUUUAUUUAUAAAUUGACCAACGAAAUACCCGCUAUGGCCAAUCCACAACUGUACAGGGAUGCACGCCUUUCUCCCAUCUCUCUAACUUAUUAUGGGUUUUGUCUGGCAAAUGGAAAAUACACCGUAAACCUCCAUUUUGCAGAGACAGUGUUUACAAAUGGCCAAACAUAUAAAAGCCUAGGAAGGCGUAUAUUUGAUGUUUACAUUCAGGGGAGACUAGUGCAGGAGGAUUUCAAUAUUGUGGAUGCAGCUGGUGGGAUUAGUACUCCAGUCAUAAUGAACUAUACUGCUGCUGUAACUAGUGGUACCUUGGAGAUCCGUUUUUAUUGGGCUGGGAAAGGGACGACCGGUAUCCCUCUUACAGGAGUUUAUGGUCCUCUUAUAUCAGCUAUUUCGGCAGAUCCUGCAGACUUUGAAGCCCCAACCCCAACCCCACCCCCACCAGAAGUUGCAAGUAGCACAUCACCUGGUGGAAUUGUAGGUGCAGUAGUGGGAAUUGUGGCUGGAGGAGUCUUCAUUAUAUUACUGGUUUUUGGUAUUCUUUGGAGGAGAGGCCUCUUAGGACAACAAAAUACUUUGGAAGAUGAUUUAAAGGGCGUGGACCUGCAAACUGGUAAAUUUACCUUCAGGCAACUUAAAGAUGCCACAAACAACUUUGACAAAGCCAAUAAGAUUGGAGAAGGUGGUUUUGGUUCUGUUUACAAGGGCCUUCUAUCAGAUGGCACCGUAAUUGCUGUCAAGCAGCUUUCUUCCAAAUCAAAGCAAGGGAAUCGUGAAUUUGUGAAUGAGAUAGGCAUGAUUUCUGCUCUGCAACACCCUCAUCUUGUCAAGCUUCACGGAUGCUGUAUUGAAGGAAAUCAACUAUUGCUUGUCUAUGAGUACAUGGAAAAUAAUAACCUUGCUCGUGCUUUGUUUGGGCCAGAAGAAAGUCAGUUGAAGUUGGAUUGGCCAACAAGGCACAAGAUCUGUGUUGGUAUAGCUAGAGGUUUGGCUUACCUCCACGAGGAAUCAAGAUUGAAGGUCGUUCAUAGAGACAUCAAGGCUACUAAUGUGCUGCUUGAUAAAAAUCUUACCCCAAAGAUAUCUGACUUUGGAUUGGCCAAGCUUGAUGAAGAGGAUAAGACACACAUUAGCACCCGUAUUGCUGGAACUUAUGGAUAUAUGGCACCCGAAUAUGCAAUGCGGGGUUAUCUGACUGACAAAGCAGAUGUUUAUAGCUUUGGAAUUCUUGUAUUGGAAAUUGCUAGUGGGAGGAACAACACCAGUUACCGUUCAAAGGAAGAAAGCUUUUAUCUUCUUGAUUCGGCACAUCUACUGAAAGAGCAAGGGAAUUUGAUGGACCUAGUGGAUCCAAGGUUGGGCUCAGACUUCAACAAAGAAGAGAUGAUGCGUACAAUCAAUGUGGCUCUCCUUUGCUGCAAUGCUACUUCAACAAUUAGGCCUACCAUGUCUUCAGUUGUGAGCAUGCUUGAAGGCAGGACUGCUGUUCAGAUAUUGGUCUCAGAUCCAAAUGCAUCAAAUAAUGAGAUGGAAGCAAUGAUGAAACAUUUUGAAUCCAUUUUGGUCUCAGAAACAAAUGCAUCAAGUCAAGGUCCCUUGACCGGUUCAUCUACAUCUGUUCAUGAUCUCUAUCCAGUCAUUCUUGAUUCAAGUUACUGGGAGAACAGAAAUGAGAGAAACUGAGCAAACUGUCUUGACUCUACAUUUCGGUUCAUAUAUCAUCUCUACUCCCUCUCUAUAUAGUAGAUCUAUAUAUACACACACAUAUAUGAUAUAUGUAUAUUUUGUUUAGCAAGAUAGCUGAAAGAAUGUGAAGGAAGUUGAGGUUUCACCCCAAAACCAAUUGGCAAUGGGGGGAGUGGCCCAACUCCUUAUAAACCCAGGCUUGGUCCCUUAACUUUUCAAUGUGGGACAAAUACUUUCAACAGAAUGAAUGAUCCCAAUUGAUUGGCCACUUGCAAAAGCAGUGGGA